AUGCAGCGCUGCGGGCACUGGUGGGGGCGGCUAGCGGCCCGCGGGGCGCCGCGGCAUCCGAGGCCGGCGGCGGCAGUGGCGGGAGGCCCUCCGCGGCAGCAGCGACGGUGGGGCAGCGGCGAGGCGGCGCGGUGCAUCGAGCAGCUGCUACCGCGGCACGAUGACUUCUGCCGGCGGCACAUCGGCCCGCGGGAGCGGGAGAAGCGGGAGAUGCUGCGCGCCGUCGGGGUGCAGAGCGUCGAGGAGCUGAUGGAUAAAACCAUCCCGGCCAGCAUCCGGCUGCGGAGACCGCUAAGGAUGGACGACCACGUCGGUGAAAAUGAAAUCCUUGAAACAUUAUACAAUAUAGCAAGCAAGAACAAGAUAUGGAGAUCCUAUAUAGGCAUGGGUUAUUACAACUGCUCAGUGCCACAGCCCAUUGCACGGAACCUUUUGGAGAAUGCAGGAUGGGUUACCCAGUAUACUCCUUACCAACCUGAGGUCUCCCAGGGCAGACUGGAGAGCCUGCUAAAUUACCAGACUAUGGUGUGUGAUAUCACAGGAAUGGAUGUGGCUAAUGCAUCUUUGCUGGAUGAGGGGACAGCUGCUGCAGAAGCUAUGCAAUUAUGUCACAGGCACAACAAAAGAAGGAAGUUCUAUAUAGAUGCCCGAUGCCACCCACAAACUAUAGCAGUGGUCCAAACUAGAGCAAAUUAUACAGGUGUUAUUACUGAGCUCAAAUUACCCCAUGAGAUGGAUUUCAGUGGAAAGGAUGUCUGUGGAGUAUUAUUUCAGUAUCCAGACACCGAGGGAAAGGUGGAAGACUUUUCUGAACUUGUUGAAAGAGCGCAUCAGAAUGGGACUCUUGCCUGCUGCGCUACUGACCUUCUGGCUCUCUGUAUUCUGAAGCCUCCUGGGGAGUUUGGAGUAGAUGUUGUCUUGGGCAGCUCCCAGAGAUUUGGCGUGCCACUCUGCUAUGGGGGACCCCACGCAGCAUUCUUUGCCGUCAAGGAAAACCUAGUGAGAAUGAUGCCCGGCAGGAUGGUGGGCGUUACAAGAGAUGCAAAUGGAAAGGAAGUUUACCGACUGGCUUUACAAACCCGAGAGCAGCACAUCAGGAGGGAUAAAGCUACCAGCAACAUCUGCACAGCACAGGCUCUCCUGGCUAAUAUGGCAGCCAUGUAUGGUGUCUAUCAUGGGUCUGAUGGAUUAAAGGAUAUUGCAAGACGGGUACACAAUGCUACAUUAAUCCUGGCCGAAGGUCUCAGGCGAGCUGGUCAUAAACUGCAUCAUGAUGUGUUCUUUGAUACCUUGACGGUCACAUGUGGAUGCUCGGUCAAAGAGGUUUUGGACAGGGCAGCUCUUAGGAAGAUCAAUUUUCGGAUUUACAGUGAUGGCAGACUUGGAGUAUCACUUGAUGAAACUGUAAAUGAGAAAGACCUCGAUGACAUAUUAUGGAUUUUUGGUUGCGAGUCUUCAGCCGAACUAGUUGCUGAAGGAAUGGGUGAAGAAACCAAGGGGAUCCUUAGCACCCCGUUUAAGAGAACUUCCAAAUUCUUGACACAUCAGGUUUUCAACAGCUAUCACUCUGAGACAAAUAUUGUGCGGUACAUGAAGAAGUUAGAAAACAAAGAUAUUUCUCUCGUUCACAGCAUGAUUCCUUUGGGGUCCUGUACAAUGAAGCUUAAUAGUUCAGCUGAACUUGCGCCGAUUUCAUGGAAAGAAUUUGCCAGCAUCCACCCUUUUGUGCCUUUGGAGCAAGCUCAGGGGUAUCAGCAGCUUUUCAGAGAUUUAGAGAAGGACCUGUGUGAGAUUACUGGCUAUGACAAAAUCUCCUUCCAACCAAACAGUGGAGCCCAAGGAGAGUAUGCAGGUUUGGCUGCAAUCAAAGCUUAUUUAAAUGCAAAAGGAGAACGCCAUAGAAGUGUUUGCCUUAUUCCUAGAUCUGCUCAUGGUACAAAUCCAGCAAGUGCACAAAUGGCAGGAAUGAAGAUUCAGCCAAUUGAAGUGGAUAAAAAUGGGAGCAUUGAUAUCUCCCAUUUAAAAGCGAUGGUGGACAAGCACAAAGACAACUUGGCAGCCAUCAUGAUCACGUACCCUUCUACCAAUGGUGUAUUUGAAGAGGAGAUCGCAGAUGUGUGUGAUCUGAUUCACAAACAUGGAGGCCAGGUUUACCUGGAUGGAGCAAAUAUGAACGCCCAGGUGGGUCUGUGUCGUCCUGGAGAUUAUGGCUCUGAUGUCUCUCACUUAAACCUUCACAAAACCUUUUGCAUUCCCCAUGGAGGAGGAGGACCUGGAAUGGGACCAAUUGGAGUGAAGAAACAUUUGGCUCCCUACUUGCCUACCCAUCCUGUCAUCAAAAUUCAGACGGAUAAGGAUGCUUGUCCUUUGGGUACUGUCAGUGCUGCACCUUGGGGUUCCAGUGCCAUAUUGCCCAUUUCCUGGGUGUAUAUCAAGACAAUGGGAGCAAAAGGUCUUAAACAUGCUUCUGAGAUCGCUAUAUUAAAUGCAAACUACAUGGCAAAGAGGCUAGAGAAGCACUACAAAAUCCUUUUCAGAGGAGUAAGAGGUUACGUAGCCCAUGAAUUUAUUUUGGAUACAAGACCUUUCAAAAAAACAGCAAAUGUUGAAGCUGUGGAUCUUGCUAAGCGACUUCAGGAUUAUGGUUUUCAUGCUCCAACCAUGUCCUGGCCAGUGGCAGGGACUCUCAUGAUUGAACCAACAGAGUCUGAAGACAAGGCAGAGCUGGACAGGUUUUGUGAUGCAAUGAUCAGUAUUCGACAGGAAAUUGCUGAAAUAGAGGAGGGCAGGAUGGACCCCCAGGUUAACCCUCUGAAGAUGUCACCACAUACUCUGAACUGUGUCACUUCUUCAAAGUGGGAUCGCCCUUAUUCCCGAGAAGUGGCAGCAUUCCCACUGCCUUUUGUGAAGCCUGAAAGCAAGUUUUGGCCCACGAUUGCUCGCAUUGAUGACAUAUAUGGAGACCAACAUCUGGUUUGUACCUGCCCACCAAUGGAAGCCUACGAAUCUCCCUUCUCUGAGCAGAAGAGAGCUUCUUCAUAACACUGCUUCCAGCUCGAGUUUCUGAGUCCAUCAGGAUGGCCUUUUCCUCCCAGACCUGAUAGGGGAUUUAUAUACUGUGUAUAUUUUGGAUAAUCACCACAUUCGUUAAUUGAAUCACCACUCAGUCAAAAUGUAAAUACAAUCAGUAUAGUAGGUAUGAACGUGUUUGUUCCGCAGCAGUUGAUGUUGGAGUUGCCUCGAUUCAGCAUUUUCUCUGCUUUGUGCUAAAGCUUUAACAGUUAACUCCCAGUUUGUGAUGUGGUAUACAAAAUACGGUUACAGAAAUUAGAGAAGGUGCAGAUGUGUAAAGCUAUAGUAAUAAACAUUAACUGUAGGACUAAUUGUUUAUAUUCUGUAAAAACAGAUGAAGUAGAUUGUUUAAUUCAUGUACUACCGGUAGCGUUGCUAAUGUUAAUAUUUUGUGCUGUUUUUUAUCUACCAAUGUUAGUAUUCUAAUAAAGUUGGUCAGAAUUUAA